AUGAUACGCCCAUGGCUUUUGACCUGGCGUCAACAAUCACCAACCCGGUUUUUUUAUCAACUCAACUCCCGUCGUUUUCUGACCAAAAGUUAUGGUCCAAGUCAAUUUGUUGGCAGAAGGUCCUCGUUCACUCCAUCGCCCCAACAACUAGAGAUUGCAAAACUCUGUGCAGUACAGAACGUCGUGGUAUCAGCAAGGCCUGGCUCAGGAAAAACAGCCACGAUAGAAGCCAUUGCGGCUGCCCACCUUGACAAACGGAUUGGUAGUAUUCUCUUCUCCAAGAGACUUCAGAGUGAAACAUCUCAUCGUCUCAAAAAGUACACCAACAGCGAUGUAUUCACCUUCCAUGGCAUGGCUGGUGUCCUUUUUGAUAAAACCAUACGGAAUGAUGAAGAACUCAUCAGACGACUAGAAAAGGUCGAGCGUGACGGAGUGCUUCCUUUCUGGAACACUGAUCCCUUCGACAUAAUUGUGCUGGAUGAAUUUCAAGACUGCAACCCGGAAACCUUUUGGCUGGUUGAGUGUUUCAUUCGAGCGAACAACGUCAAAAAAGGGGGCAAACCUGCACGUAUCGUCGUGCUUGGUGAUGAGCGUCAAUCCAUUUACCGCUUCCGCGGUGCCGACCCCCGUUACCUUACUCUGGCUCCCGAGCUGCUGGGCCCAAUAAGCCCAUAUCCAUUCACCGAAGUUCAGCUAGGUAAAAGUUUUCGGUUAUCUACGUCGACAGUCCAGUUCAUCAACCAAGGUUUCCUCAAUGGCGAGCAGUACAUCACAAGCUCCAAGAGUGGCCCCAAACCCAUUGUCCUGAGAUGCAACAUUUGGGACGACAUUUCUGCGUUAGCCAAACAACUGUCACCUCUGAUUUCUCGUUACGGCCCUGAGAACUGUGUCAUCAUAGCACCCUCAAUCCGAACCAAAGGGCCACUGCAGCCUCUAACAAACAUGCUGGCUCAGACAUAUCGCAUCCCAAUAUCUGUGCCUACCGACGAUGAGACCCCUUUGGAUGAUCAGGUGAUCAAAGGAAAGAUGUGCAUUUCUACCAUCCAUCAAUUCAAAGGCCGUGAGCGUGCACUGGUCAUUCUUCUCUCCAUCGACUCUUCUUAUUUCAGGUAUUUUGGUCGUGACUUGCCAGACGACAAAUGUCCCAAUGAAGUGUUUGUGGCCUUAACCCGCGCCCUAGAACAACUUGUUUUGAUUCACAACGAAGACAACAAGAUGAUGCCUUGUGUAUCUGUUGAUUCUCUGUACAAGACAGGCAAAGUUCUGAACAUGACAAAUAUUCAAUCAGAAAUCCCACUGCCUGACUUACCUGGUCGAGCUUUGGAGCUUGGGCUUCUGCUUCCGAUGACUUGUGGAGCCCGUGAAAUGACACGAUAUAUCCAAGGAGAUGCUCUCGACAAGGCGGUCAAACGUCAUGUCUCUGUCCGGAGGCUCCCACCGCGCCUCUCCGGUCAGAGACUAAUCGACAUACAAAGCGUGGUACCCUCGAACAGGGAAAAGAAGUUAUACGAAUCGGUAAGCGACAUAAAUGGCCUUGUUAUUGCCGCGGCUUUGGAGCUUGAGGUUGCAGGAACAUUAAAUUCGUUGGGAGUGAGCCAGGAGAAAGUCGAUAAGAAGUCCUCAAGCACUCUGGAGCAGCUUAUUCCCUGGCUUUGUCGGCUUGCUUGCGAAUACGAGGCUAAACUCUCUGGCUAUCAACCGCGCGUAAUUCAGAUGGAAAACCACAGGUACGACUGGAUCAAGCCAGAAGACUUUGACCUUGCUCGAAGGCGGCUCGGUGAAGAGUUGACACAAUCCGUCGAAAAACUUGAUUUCGAAGUGGAGAUGAAGGAACCCUUUCAUGUUAAAGGUCAAAAAACACAACUCAUGGGUCGAGCAGAUAUCGUCGCCACUUCCCCUUCUGACAAUGACAACGAAGACGAGGGUGACAAAACGAUAUGGGAGAUCAAGUUUGUCUCGAAACUCUCCAACGAACACAUCGUACAGGCGUGCGUCUAUGCCUACUUGUUAGGUUCAACAUCUGGGAAGCUGCCACGAAUCAUAUUGUACAAUGUGCGAGAUGGAGAUAAACGUGAGAUCACACCACGAAAUGGACUCGAGGGGCUUCGACAAUUGAUCAUAAGUGUUCUUAGACUUCGAUAUACGAAUACUGGAGAGCUCAGCCACGAAGAGUUCAUCGAACGUUGCGCAGAAACAACGCGGAAAGUCAUGAGCCUGAGUGGCGGGUCAUGA